AUGUGUAUCGCAAUCAUGUGGAGUCCCUCACAAGAGAAACUCGUCCUGGACCUGAUGAUGAUGAUGAAAAUGAAAAAACCAUUGAAGAUGUCGAAGAGGGUUGCAGAGGAAUCGCCCGGGUCAAGUGGACCCGCAAAAAAAGUCUCGACAAUAUACCUUCCACAUACAAUACCUUCCGUGUCUAAUUCUACAGAGCUUGAUAUAAACGUCUUAAAAUUCCAAAACAAGAAGUUGGCCAAUCGUAUUGAACAACGUAAGCGAACAGAAAACGAGCUAAAGGGGAGAAUUGAUCAGCUUGAGAGUCGUCAAACACAGGACGAUGCUGUACUCAAUGCUGUUAAUCGCUAUUGGAAUCAAUUCAAUGAGGACAUUCGCAUCCUCCUACAGAGAUUUGAUGCUGAGACUGCUGACGAGCAAGAAAGUAAGAAUGAAAGUGAAGUAACGACAUCAUUUCUUGUGCAGCUAUCAACAUGGGAUAAGAAGGAACUUGAUGAGAAUCUUGCAAAUCGUGUUCAGAUUUCAAAGAGAGCCGUGGGAAAAAUUAUUCAAGUCUUUGAUCGCUUAAUGCAACGUAAUGAUAAAAUAUUACAAGAGCUAAGAGAUAAACCUGGCGGAACGUCAAUGACAAAUGUUGCAACACUACACUUAGAAGAGUUAAAAAAGGAACUCGAUGAGUACAAAGAGCUCUCUGCAAAUCGAUUACAAGAAAUCGAGAAGUUAAAUGAAGAAAAAGCUCAGGCAAUCACAGAAAUAGAUAAACUUAAGAUGGAUAUGCGCCAUCUUCCAGAAUCUGUCAUCACUGAAACGACUGAAUACAAAAUCCUGCAGUCUCAAUUCUCAGUUCUCUACAAUGAGUCGAUGCAAAUCAACACAAUGUUAGAUGAAGCACGAGCUCAACUAGCCAAAAGUCGUACAGAAUAUCAACGAUAUAUUGAAGUAUUAGAAAGUAAUGAACUUGAGGAGCAGAAGAAGUUACGCAAUGAGUUGUUGCAGAAACAAUACAUUCUUGAUCAAACAAGAAAAGAGUUUGAGAAUUUACGAAACAAGUAUGAACAGAAUUUAGCAGCAAAUGAGCAGACAGCUCCGAUAAAUCGUGAAAUGAGACUUCUGAUUACUUCACUUCAAGAUCGUAAUAUGCGUUCGAAGAAAGAAGCUCAAAGAUAUAAAGCUUCGAAGAAAGAACUGAUGGCUGAAAAUACAAAGCUUCGUAAAGAGGUUGNAAAGAAUCGAAACAUGUUGCAUUGA